AUGGACGAAGCUAAUCGUAAGCGUAUCAUUUAUCGUAGUAAACAACGUGGAUGGCUUGAAGUGGAUCUACUAUUGGGCCGCUGGGCUAGUGAGAAUGUCAUGCAACUUUCAAGCGACCAAUUGCAGCAGUAUGAGGAUAUUCUUAACGAAGAGACGAUUGAUAUUUUCAAUUACAUCUCUGGUAAAUGUUCAGUCCCUAAAAGAUUGGACACACCGAUGAUGAAGAGAUUGCAAGAAUAUUGCCUUACAUCUCCUCUUGGUAAGGCUUCUAUCGAGGGGUUUGCUGAGAACAAGAAGUUUAUGAGCAAUUAA